CUCUCUAAAUUUUCAUUAAGAAAGCUACGUUUUUUUUUUUGUGCGCCCUGUUUGAAGUUGUUGUAUUUUUUGUUUUUGAAUUCCUCCCACCAUGUCCCUGGCGGAGGACAAUCAAAUAACGGACAGCAGCAAUGUAUUGCCGCCGCCGUCCAUCAAUACGGUGGGUUUACGACCCAAACACAUUUACGGUUUGCGAACCAAUGUUGUGGGCAACAUACAUUUUAAUUUGCAACAAGAGGUCGUUUAUCCGGUCGAAGGUGUAUUGGCCUUUCACGAUUUCGUUGAGAACAAACAGCGUUUCUUAAGAUUGCCCGAGGAUACCAUACCCUUAAUUAUCCAAAUCAGUCCACAUCGCAAGCUUUUGGCCAUUUUGGAACAAGCAAAAAGCAAACCCGGCAACGGCAAAACCAAUGGCAGUAAAACCAUAUCCAUUUAUGAUUUACAAACUCUCAAAAAACGCCGAACUUUAGAAUUACCAAAUGGCUCGAAACAUGCCGACAUUACCCAAAUACUCUUUACCGGAGAUUCAAAGGGCCUGGCAUUGCUCACCCAGGGACCCGAUGAAAUGAUCUACAUGAUAUUAAUGGACAAAUUGGGUACCGUCUACGAGGGUAGAGCUUGUCCAACAAAUGGACGUUUUACUGCCGAAUGCCUAGCCUGCAAUCCUCAGGAUACAAGUCUCUUGGCUGUGGGUGGCAAUAAUCUGCUGACAUUGCAAACCAAGUCCGAUAAGGGUUUCAACAUAACCAAUAACUUAAAAUCAAAUUUUCUCAGUAGCUCCAUGGCAUUUUUGGCCAUGGAUCUACUGAUGGUGGGCACCAGCAGUGAUGAACUGAUCCUGGUGGAAAAUGGCGAAUAUAAGCUAAGACAAAAGGCCAGUGAAGCUGAGAUUUUCGAUUUACUUAUGGAUCAGGAGGCUUUUGACCGGGAGCAGGAACAGCGUGUCCCAACUACCACCAAUGCAAAUAGCAAACUUUACGAUAGUCGAGUUGUUUGCAUGACCGCUUUUGCCAAGGGUUUUGCCUUUGCCAUUUUCAAUCGGGUCUACGUUUUCGAGAGGGUAUCGAAAUUUAAAUUUGAACGUAAAACCAUUCUAACGAUACCCAUUACCAUAUAUGCCGAACAUUUGUAUCAAAUCACCAACCUGGCAGUGGAUAGUAGACAAGAAACGGUAAUCGUCACGGCUCAGCAUUCACAAAUCUAUGUGGGCAUUUUGAUUGUGCCCGAAACAUUGAAGGCCAAACACCUGCAGUUCCAGCCAUUGGGUGCCCUGAUUCACAUAGAUGAUAUUGUGGAUAUUUCGCUGUGUUCCUGGAAGCCCAUUAUAAUGACGGCAUCCCGCGAUCAGACCGUACGCAUUUGGAAUUAUGAAACGGAAAAAGUGGAAUUGGUGCGAAAAUUCCAAGUCGAUGUCAAUAUUGUGGAGCUUAAUUCCACGGGACUCAUAGCAGCCAUUGGCUUCUCGGAUCAAUUGCGUGUUACACAAAUUUUUAUGGAGGAAUUAAAUAUUGUGAAAACCUAUAACUUUCCACGCUGCAAAGAUGUGAAAUACUCCAAUUAUGGCCACUUAAUGGCUGCUGCCUAUAACAGCAGCAUUGCCAUAACCUCAGUAUAUAAUCUGGAAAUACUCAUUACCCUCAAAGGACACAACGGCACAGUGCUCUCAGUGGCCUGGACCAAGAAUGACAAAUAUCUAAUAUCCGGUGGCAAUGAGGGUGCCAUCUAUCAGUGGGAUGUCGAUAAUGGUACACGUUUACAGGAAAUUGUACAAAAGGGUACGGAAUAUGUUUCGGUGUGUUCUACAUUCAAUGAUCCACUCUCCAUAUUUGCGGUCACCAAUUCGGGUAUGCUAAGAGAAUUUCAAAAUUCGGAAAUUGUGCGAGAAGUCAAUAUCACAGCAAGCUCCAAGUGUAGGCUAACCGAUGUGUGUCUCGCCCGUUCCGAUACCAUUAUGUUUGUGGCCAAUGAAAUGGGUGACUUGGUUAAUGUUCAAUUGCCCUUCUUGGAUGCCGGCGGUGGAACCUGCACCAAUUUUCGUUUCUUUAUAACGGCCGUCAACAAAUUACGUUUCUCCUAUGACGGCACACUGCUGAUGACUGUCUCAAAGGCUGGCACUUUGGCCAUAUGGGCAUUGGAGAAUAUUGAGGGUAAAGUGGCCAGCAUGGAUCAGGAUCUGCUGAAGUCACAAGAAGUCUUGAUACCUCGAGCCAUUUUGGCAGAGAAAAACGAACAAAUUGUUAACUUGGAGACCCGUCUCAAACAACAGGCCGAGGAGUUCCAAUAUCAAUUGUCUCAAAAUGAAAUAUUCGAUGGCCAGCAAAUGGCCGAAGUACAUCGUACCUAUUGUCAGGCUCUGGAGGAUCUAAAGCGUGUAAACAACGAAGCCGAGGAACGUCAUCGCGGCGAAAUGAAUCAAAUAACCUUCCAAAUCAAUGAAAUGAAAGAGGAGCACAAAAAGCAAUUGGACAAUCUUGCCACUCAGUAUUCGGAACGCAUGCUCAUUGAGUAUCAAAAAUUCACAAAUCUUCGGGAAAAUAUGCUCGAGCUAAGAGAGAGUUAUGAAAACAAACUAAAAAAGUCGGCAGGCACCCUUCAAGACACGGUGGAAAGUUUGGAAAAUGAUUACAAAAAGCAACUGGAUGAACGUCGGGAACUUAUACGAGAACUAAUGAAAGAAAUGGAGGAAAAGAAAUCCCAAUUCAAUGACUACUGCAAACAGGCCGAGGAGGAAAACGAACAGCAGUUGACGGAAACCAUCAAGGAAUACGAAAUCAAAUUACUCCACGAAAGGGAGGCCACAGAGCUAUGGCGUGGAAAGGCUGGAGUUUUACAGAAGAAAUACGAAAGUCUGACCAAAGAUGUCGAUAAUCUCCUGGAAGAAGUCGAAACCCUCAAGGAACAACAUACCAAGUCCCAAAAGAAUAUUGCCAAACUGAAUCGUACCAUUGAAGAUCUACAAAAGGAUAUAGCAGAUCGAGAUUAUGCCAUCAACAACAAGGAGAAACGCAUCCAAGAUCUGCUGCACAAAAAUCAAGAGCUGGACAAAUAUAAACAGGUGCUCAAUCAUAAAAUAGCCGAACUUAAAGCUCAAAUCGAGCCGAGGGAAUUUCAAAUAAAUGACAAACGUAAACACAUUUUGGAGUUGGAAAACGAGUUGGCCGGUUUGAAUCAAAACAAUAGCCAGCUUGAGCUGCAACUCAAAGAGCUGAAGGACAAAUAUCUAAGCACCGUGGCCGAACUUAAAGUGGAGCGUCAUAGAGCUCGUGCUGGUCGUGAAUGUGUCCAGAAUUUGUGCAGCGAAAUCUAUCACGUUGCCGGUCUCAUGAACACACCGGACAAACUCAAGACUGCCGUGCGAGAACUUUUCCAACGUCAUGCCAGUGAUGAUGAGCUGAAACGCUUUAUCUCCCUGGAUGCCAAUGUCAGGGAUGAAUUCCAACGACAACGCAAUCAAAUCGAAAGGGUGUUGAAAAUCUACAGCAAACGAGAGGAGGAUAAGACACAGAAACGUAAAUAUGAUAAGCUGUUCAAAGAGAAUGUCAUCCUACUGGAAGAGAUUGAUAAAAUGCGCGAAGAGAACAGAAUUCUGAGGGGUCGUUUGAAGCGGGAAAUGAGUACGAAAAAACCUAAGAAUCAACGUUUAGCUGCAGCCAAUGGGAGACAGAAAUCGGCUCCCACAAGAUCAAGUGAAAUAGGUGAGGCUUUGAAGGACUACAGUGAUCUUGAAAAUGGAGCUGUGGGAGGAGCCCUGUCUGAAAAUUAAUGCCAAUAAAUAUUAUUUGACGAUAGAUUGUAAAAAAAUACAUUUAUUUUAUAUGAAUCUUUUAAAUACAAAAUUCUUCGGAUUCCCCUAAAAGGGUUCUUU